AUGAGAGAUACAAACAAUGAAGAAAUAGAACCGUUCCAAAUUUCAGGAAGAAGGGUCAUAGAAAUUGAUUAUUUUAUAAAACAGCUUCAAGAAAUCGGAAGCCACAGUUCUAUGUUUAGUUGUAAUUUAAGUACUGUUGAACUUUUGCAUGAAAAAAGGAUUGGACUUAGCUCAGUUUUUAAUAUGAAGUGCCAAAUGUGUGCCAAAAAAUUUGUGUUGAAAUCGUCCAAAGAUUCAGAAAAGAGAAUGAAUGUGAAUGAGGAAGUUGUGGCGGGAAUAAUGACUAUUGGUGGUGGAGUUACACAGCUAAAUACAGUUCUUUGUCACAUAAAUAUACCACCUAUGUCGAUACGAUUGUAUCAAAACACACACAAUACCAUAAGUCAAUGGUGGAAAGAAACUGCCAAGCAUUCUAUGAAAGAGGCUGGCAUAAUAGAAAAAAAUCAUGCUCUUUGUAUUGGAAGCGUACAUAAUACUGGAAUACCAAUGAUCUCUGUAUCGGGUGAUGCAUGCUGGUCAAAGCGAUCGUAUGGGACCAACUACAGUGCGUCUUCCGGAGUUGGUGCAAUUGUGGGGAUUUAUUCUAAGAAAGUUCUCUACUACGGAGUGAAAAAUAAGAUUUGUAGUAUCUGUUCACGGGCCAAUUCUAACAAAGUACAAGCACCGAACCAUACCUGUUUCAAAAAUUUUCAUGGUCCUUCUACUGCGAUGGAAGCAGUUAUUAUAACAGAAGGCUUCAAAAAAUCUAUCGAAAAUCAUGGACUCAUUUACAACCAGUACAUCGCAGAUGGUGAUUCGAGCACGUAUGCCAGCAUCCGGAACUCAAGGCCAUAUAAUGAUGUGACAGUAGGUAAAAUUGAAUGUAAAAAUCAUUUACUAAGGAAUUACUGCAAAGGACUUCUAUCUAUAGCUAAUAAUACUACCUACCACACAAGGGCCCGAAAAAUUAUAAAAGAAAAUUAUUUACGGAUACGCUGGGGUAUUGAUAGCAGUAUUAAAUAUUGGACCACUAAAGAUAUUGCAUUUGAAGAAAAAGUAAAAAUGAUAAAACAAGAUAUUUUAAAUGGCCCAUACCACAUAUUCGGUGAUCACUCCAAAUGUGCAUCAUACUUUUGCAAUGAUCAAAUAAAGAAACGCAAUGAAAAUAUUGUACCAGAACUGUCAGCAUACGGCGUUUUUCAAAAAGUUGAAGAGUUGGCUCAUCGUCUUUCUUUACACACGUCUUUUGCUUACAAUCAAACUAACAACACCGUAGAAAGCUUCAACGCAAGAGUUGCAAAGUUUGUCGGAGGCAAAAGGGUAAAUUUUUCCCAACGAGGUUCUUACCUUGCUCGUUGUGCCGCAGCCGUCGUAACUUACAACACAGGUACCCUGCAGUCAGCGGUACACAAAUUCAUUUUUGACACCGAAGCAAAUCCAGAAAUAGUUCGGUUGGAACAAAUGCGGCGGAAACGAAAUGAGGCAAGGAUAGAGAGAAACACGAAAAAGAAGAAAAUAAUAAGACCAACAACAUAUAAAAAAGAUGCGUAUUAUGGUGAAAGUUGUCAAAAAGUCGAUAUGGAAGAUGAGCAAUUUAAAGAAGCCAAAGAAAACUUUUUGAAGGCAUUGGAAUUGUCAGAGCUCGAAAAAAACACCCUCGAAAAAGACACAAUUCUUCAAAGUGGAAGUCCACUAUGGUUGGAAACACGAAGGAAACUUCUAACCGCGUCUUGGUUUGCUACAGUAUGCAAACGGCGGCCAACGACAGAGUGUGGUCCGCUGAUCAAACAAAUACUAUAUGGAAAAGACCUUAGCAAUGUUCCGUCCAUAAAACAUGGCCGAACAAAUGAACAAACUGCCAUCAGAGAGCUUGAAAAUGCGUUGAACACGCAUAUAGAACAGUGUGGAUUAUUUAUAGACAAAGAAUUUCCAUUUCUAGGAGCAAGCCCUGAUGGAAAAUGUGAGCUUGGCAUAAUUGAAGUGAAAUGUCCAUCAACGGCAUACGGAAUGGAGCCAGACGAUGCAAUUGCGCAAAAAAAAGUUGAUUUUUGGUUACCUAUGAAUAAUGAUAAAUUUAAAAUAAAUAAAAAACACAAAUGGUAUUACCAAAUACAAGGGCAGCUGCGUAUUACUGGGCAAGACAGGUGCGUGUUUGCCAUAUGGACGGGCCCCGGCAAAUUAAAGUUCGAGUUUGUAGAAAAGGACUCUCAAUUUUGGAAAGAGAAAAUGGAAGCCCAUCUCAUUCGAUUUUAUAAAAAUUGUCUUCUUCCGGAAUUAAUUGACCCAAGACAGGCAAGAAAUAUGAAUUUACGGGCUCAUUCCUCGCAUAUUCAAACAAAUAUCGUGAAAAUAAAGAAUUGAUGUUUAA